CGCUCGCCCUGGGGCCGCUCAGGGAGCCGGGAAGCGCUGCCUGGGCACCGCACAGCCGAUGACAUUUUGAGUUCUUCCUCUCUAUACCGGGCUCCACGCCUCCUGUCUUCUUUACCUGAUCCACGGGCCCCCUCAACUUUCCUGUAAGGGAGGCUGUGUUAUCCCGUUUUUCAGAGAGGAGAGGUAGGGCUCAGAGAGGUUUAGUUACUGUCCAAGAUCACACAGCCAGUCAGAGCAGAGCCGGGACACAACCCUGUGUCUCUGGCGGUGGCUCCAUGGACUCGGCUCCUCUGUUCCCCAGGCCCCGCCUCUUCCAGAACCUCCUGCUCUUCCUGUGGGCCCUGCUGAACUGCGGUUUGGGGGUCAGUGCUCAGGGUCCGGGCGAGUGGACCCCGUGGGUGUCCUGGACCCGCUGCUCCAGCUCCUGCGGGCGUGGCGUCUCCGUGCGCAGCCGGCGCUGCCUCCGGCUUCCUGGGGAAGAACCGUGCUGGGGAGACUCCCAUGAGUACCGCCUCUGCCAGUUACCAGACUGCCCCCCAGGGGCUGUGCCCUUCCGAGACCUACAGUGUGCCCUGUACAAUGGCCGCCCUGUCCUGGGCACCCAGAAGACCUACCAGUGGGUGCCCUUCCAUGGGGCGCCCAACCAGUGCGACCUCAACUGCCUGGCUGAGGGGCACGCCUUCUACCACAGCUUCGGCCGCGUCCUGGACGGCACCGCCUGCAGCCCGGGUGCCCAGGGGGUCUGCGUGGCUGGCCGCUGCCUUAGCGCCGGCUGUGAUGGGUUGCUGGGCUCGGGUGCCCUCGAGGACCGCUGCGGCCACUGCGGAGGCGCCAACGACUCGUGCCUUUUCGUGCAGCGCGUGUUUCGUGACGCCGGUGCCUUCGCUGGGUACUGGAACGUGACCCUGAUCCCCGAGGGCGCCAGACACAUCCGCGUGGCGCACCGGAGCCGCAACCACCUGGCGCUGAUGGGGGGCGAUGGGCGCUAUGUGCUUAAUGGGGACUGGGCGGUCAGCCCGCCAGGGACCUACGAGGCGGCCGGCACGCAUGUGGUCUACACCCGCGACACAGGACCCCAGGAGACAUUGCAAGCAGCCGGGCCCACCUCCCACGACCUGCUCCUACAGGUCCUCAUGCAGGAGCCCAACCCUGGCAUCGAGUUUGAGUUCUGGCUCCCUCGGGAGCACUACAGCCCCUUCCAGGCUCGUGUGCAGGCCCUGGGCUGGCCCCUGCGGCAGCCGCAGCCCCGGGGGGUGGAGCCUCAGCCCCCCGCAGCCCCUGCUGUCACCCCUGCACGGACCCCAACCCUGGCCCCAGACCCCUGCCCACCCUGCCCUGACACCCGAGGCCGCGCCCACCGACUGCUCCACUAUUGCGGCAGUGACUUUGUGUUCCAGGCCCGAGUGCUGGGCCGCCACCGCCAGGCCCAGGAGACCCGCUAUGAGGUGCUCAUCCAGCUCGUCUACAAGAGCCGCUCGCCACUGCGGGCACGCGAGUACGUGUGGGCGCCAGGUCACUGCCCCUGCCCGAUGCUGGCACCCCACCGGGACUAUGUGAUGGCUGUCCAGCGUCUUGUCAGCCCCGACGGCACACAGGACCAGCUGCUGCUGCCCCACUCUGGCUACGCCCGGCCCUGGAGCCCUGCAGAGGACAGCCGCAUACGCCUGACUGCCCGGCGCUGUCCUAGCUGAGCCCCUGCAGGAGCCCGGGCCACACACAGCAAGAAACAUACAUCUGACCAGUCUCAACGUCAAUGUAUUUCCCCUCUCACCCUGGCUUCCAGGCAGCUCUGAAAUAUGUCCCACCUGUGCAGCUAUGUGACUCCCUCCCGCACACGCUUAGACACCUCUGCAUGCAGUCAAAGUCACUGUCACAAGCCGGGAGGCACUGGUGAGGAGGCACUAAGGAGACUCUGACUUUUAUUUCGCCUCUCUCCUUGGCUGCCAGGAAGCUCAUAGCUAUUUAUACUCAGAAAGUUUAACGCUGCUUUCAUUCUCUUUGCGUCACACUUGCUUGGAGACACUGUCACGAACGAGCAUGACACCCUGCUGCCCUGGGUACCCGGAAGCUCGUCUGUUUACUUCGCAGACACUGUGCUGUCUCUGCUCUCUGCUACUCACACAGACCCUCAUGUGCGAAGGGCAGAGACACUGUCACAAACAGGCAUGCCCCUUAGAAGACAUGCCUAACCAGGCACUGUAAUGUACCAGCGUACCAAUUUCCCCUUUUCCCCUGGCUACCAGGAAACUCAGAGACAAUCUUUUCAGCCUCAGCAUUUCUGGCUAGAUUUCCGCCCAUCAACACGUGCUCACUCCUCUUUUUUUUUUUUUUUUUGAGGCAAGAGCCUUGCUGUGUCAGCUAGGCUGAAGUGCAGUGGUGCAAUCAUGGCUCACUGCAGCCUCAAAUUCCUGGGCUCAAGCGAUCCUCCCACCUCAACCUCCACAGCAGCUGGAACUACAGGUGUGAAUCACCAUUCCCGGCUAAAUUUUAAACUUUUUGUAGGGAUGGGGUCUAGCUAUGUUGCCCACACUGGUCUCCAACCACUGGCCUCAAACGAUCCUCCUGCCUCGGCCUCCCAAAGCACUGGAAUUUCAGGCAUGCACUAUCGUACUGGCUGUUCACCCUACUUUUAUUCCUCUUUAAUUUUUACAAGCACUUUUUAAAAAA